AUGAACAGUGAACCGCCAGAUCAUGCUUCACUCGAGUCGUCACCAACAAGUAUUGCUCUCUAUCACCAGGUUGCGCAGCCAACGAGAAUAAGCAGCCCGUCUGCAUCAUCACGCGCAAACGGGCUUCCAGUCCUGGAAGCGGCUCCGCCUCAAAACAUGUCAACCGCGGCUACGACGACGACGACGGCCUCGGACGAGGCUGUAUCGCAGAAGCUCGUGGAGACACCGUUGAAUGCCCGCAAGCCGGUCGAUAAGCGCAGUCUUGAAUAUGUGUCGCGAAGUGGAUUGGCAGGAGGGAUAGCGGGUUGUGCUGCAAAAACAGUCGUCGCUCCUCUUGAUCGCGUCAAAAUCUUGUUCCAGGCGUCCAAUCCUCAGUUUGCCAAAUACUCUGGAAGUUGGUCCGGGUUAGCGAUGGCGAUGCGUGACAUCAAGCGAUUUGAAGGCGCUCGAGGUUUAUACAAGGGUCAUUCGGCGACGCUGCUACGAAUAUUUCCAUAUGCGGCGAUCAAAUUUCUUGCAUACGAACAGGUUAGGGCAAUUUUCAUUCCGACCAAAGAUAAAGAGACCCCGUUUCGGCGCUUGAUCUCGGGAAGCCUGGCUGGGGUAACCUCGGUGUUUUUCACAUAUCCCCUCGAAGUCAUCAGGGUUCGGUUAGCGUUUGAGACGAAAAAGACGUCUCGCUCGUCCUUUAGAACCAUUUGUUCGCAGAUAUAUCAUGAACAAGCCUCGUCGCGGCCCGUCGCGGCGGCGACGGCAUCUGGAAACGGCUCUUCGACUGCCAUGGCCACAGCGCAGACUGUUUCUUCGUCUAUAAAAGCGGUCACUCCUCGAACCGGUCUUGCCAAUUUUUACCGAGGAUUUGCGGCAACAGUGGUGGGCAUGGUUCCAUAUGCUGGUGUGUCGUUCUUGGUUCACGAUACGAUCGGGGAUGUUCUCCGCACGCCAAAUUUUGCGCCAUACACAACAAUGCCAAAGUCAGAGACCCCAUCGCCGUCCAAGGACCAGCCUGGCAAGCUCCGUGUGCAGCUUACCGCCUCCGCCGAGCUCUUCUCUGGCGCGGUUUCUGGCCUUGUGGCACAAACCUCGUCAUACCCGCUCGAGAUUAUCCGUCGGCGAAUGCAGGUCGGCGGUGCCAUGGGCGAUGGUAAACGACUCAACAUGGCCGAGACCGCCCGGAAAAUCUACUUUGAGAGAGGAUUCCGGGGUUUCUGGGUUGGCUUGACUAUUGGGUACCUCAAAGUCGUACCCAUGGCUGCCACUGGCUUCUUUGUCUACGAGCGUAUGAAGUGGUAUUUGGGGAUUUGA